AUGAAGAACAAAACUCACCCCCAGAGAAACGGUGAUGUAGCUGCUUUUGAUUCAGCAAAGUCCUUCUCGGAAAGAAGAGACUGCUGCCAUCCACGCAGCUGCACAUGGAGACGUGUCUGCAUCUCUGCCAUGGUGCUGCUUGUCCUCAUGGCUGCUGUGGGCUUGGCGGUGGCACUGGGACUCCUGCAACGUGCACCAGUGAACCGCUUCUGUGCAGCCUCCAAGAACAGGACAGGCUUCUUGUGUGAUGACAGAGUGACCUGUGUCCCUGCCAGCCAGGUCUGCAACAGAGUCAGCAACUGCAGAAACGGAGAGGACGAGCAGGAGGAACUCUGUGGUGACUUGCCCCACAGCCUCCCAGGACACCUGGUUUUCCGCUGCAGUGACCCCUCGGUCUGGGUCUAUGCUGAUCAGAGGUGUAACGGGAUGAACGACUGCGGAGACUGCUCCGAUGAGAUGGGCAGCUUGGCCGCCUGCCCCCUGUGUGGGUCGGAGUGGUGGAGCUGCAGCCCUGUGCUCUACGAGUUCUGCUCCUGCAUCCCCAGGAGGCUCUGCCGGGAUGGUGUCCAGCACUGCCACAGCUGGUCCGAUGAGUAUAUCUGCAGACCAUGAAGUCUUGGCACCCAGCAGCACUGGAAACCACAGGGUGCUUCCUGCGUUGUCACCUUUGAGCCAUGGUGUCCUCCUGCUCUGCCACCCAUUCAG